CUGGUGGACAGGUCAUGUCUUUCCCUGCUCCCCCGGCACCGACUGCUAGGUAUCAAGCCCCACCGGCUCAGCCCGUCAAGAAUGGCGCAACAAAUGGUCGGAUUCCCCAAACAGAUGGUCCCUCCGCGGCUGGCCCUAGUCGCAUUCCACAGGCAGACGGCCCAUCGUCGUCUUCGGAGUCGGGAUCAGCAUCGCCGCCACCAGCUACAUACGCACCCCGUGGCUCUGCGCAUCCUAGUUUGCCGCAGCCGAUGCAAUCGCGUGCAGACCAAGAAGAUGACGACGAGGCCAUCAACAGCGAUCUAGACGACUCGGAUUCUGAGGGCGAGCGGGACGACCCUACGGGUGGUGCGGAAACCGAUAUUGUUUUCUGUACAUAUGAUAAGGUGGCUCGCGUCAAAAACAAAUGGAAGUGUAUUCUCAAGGACGGCAUGAUCCAUGUCAAUGGGAAGGAUUAUCUGUUUGCGAAAUGCACCGGAGAAUUUGAGUGGUAGCCGACAGCCACAGGCAAGGACUCUUCGAAGUCUCAAUGAUCGCUUCUGUCAGCUUCCGCCCUCUUGUUCUAUACAUGUCAACACUCCACUUAUCUUAUGUUACACAUGCCAUGUCCCCCAUCUCUGCUUGUCGUAUCUAAAGUCGCUAUCCUACAAGUCAUAUCACUCUACGUGUCCUGUCCGAUGGCCACAUGUAACAACACACUCACAUAUCACAAUAUACAGAUCUCG